GUGAUGACAGCUGUUUUGUCUGAUUAACAAGACAUGGGUUGAUAACAAUAAAAGCGGCUUUUUUUUAAUAACAAAAUGGUUCAGUUACUUUAUAUCGUAGCUAGCUUGCAUAUAUUAUUGUGCCCCUUUACUAAGGUGGAGGAAAGCUUCAAUAUCCAAGCUACUCACGACAUUUUGUAUCAUCGAUUUAACCUCUCACAGUACGAUCACAAUGAAUUCCCGGGAGUUGUGCCGCGUACUUUCAUCGGCCCUGUCAUUAUAUCUGCUUUAUCCGCUCCUGUUGUGUUUAUUUUACAUUUAUUUGGAAUUAACAAGUUCUGGAUGCAAUAUGUAGUGCGCCUAACUCUAGCAUUAACAGUAAUAGCAUCAUGGAGCCGUUUCAGGGAUACAUUACGGAAGCAAUUUGGUAAUUCUUUUGCCUGGUGGUUCACUUUAAUCAGUGUAUCACAGUACCAUUUUAUGUUUUACAUGAGCCGACCUUUACCUAACAUCAUGGUAUUACCCUUUGUGUUACUUGCAUUAGAGGGAUGGCUGUCAGGAAAACAUAAACAGUUUAUUAUUAGCGCUGGAGUUUCCAUUGUCAUAUUCCGUUCUGAACUAGCAAUGCUCUUCGGAUUAUUCCUUAUCAUAGAUUUGUUUUUUAAGAAAAUUGAUUUUAUGAAAUUUAUCAAAAUAGUUGUACCUACUGGUAUAGGAUUGGUGGCAUUGACAGUUGUAGUUGAUUCAUUGUUUUGGGGUCGCUUGCUCUGGCCCGAGGCAGAAGUCUUUUGGUAUAAUACCAUACUGAAUAAAAGUUCUGAUUGGGGUACUUCACCAUUCCUAUGGUACUUCUACUCGGCAUUACCUCGUGGUCUAGGACCAAGUCUGGUCCUGUGCCCAGUGGGUGUGUACUUGGACCGGCGGCUGGUCCAGCUCGUCGCGCCCGCUGUGGUUUAUGUUCUAUUAUUCUCCUUUCUACCACACAAGGAGCUUAGAUUUAUUAUCUACGUGUUCCCAUUGCUCAAUACGGCGUCAGCUGUGGUGUGCUCAUAUGUGUUUAUUAGACGAACCAAGGCGCCAAUUUACGAAUUAUUAUUUUGGGGUAUUUGUUUGAUAAUAGUCGCUAAUGUGAUAUUAUCUAUAGCAUUAGUUUUAGUUGCGAUUUCCAAUUACCCUGGAGGUUUGGCAAUCACCAGAUUCCAUAAACUUCUCAAAAACGAACCAUACGUCCAUGUACAUAUCAGUAAUCUGGCGGCUCAGACUGGGGUCACUAGAUUCACGCAAAUCCACGACCACUGGAACUACAGCAAAAACGAGUCCUUGUCCUCUGAACAAUUGCAACAAUAUACACAUCUUCUUGUCGAAGCUAAGAGCAAAUAUUCUCCAACUAUCAAAUCUUUUACACAAACUCAUGUAGUAUUAGAUAGUGUCGACACUUUCUCUCACGUGGCUGUCAAUUAUAAACUAAUACCACCUGUAAGAAUUAAAACGCGACCAGCGAUUUUUAUUUUAGAAAGAAUAAAUUUUAGAGAACACCAAAGAGAUUUCACUAAUGAAAACAUCAUAAGCGUCGAAAAUCUUGAAUCACAGGAAGAAGCAAUUAGUGAAGAACUAAACUCGGAUAUCAAUAAUGAUACCGAUAAAACCAUAAAAGAAAACUAUGAGACUGAAAAUAUUAAUGAACUUAUCAGUGAAGAAAACAUAAAUAAUAGUAAGAAAGUUACUGAAGUACCUACAGAAAUAUACGAUGAGGUUAAAAUCGAUAACAAAUCCGAAAGCAUUGAAGAAGUGAAUGAAAAACCUGAAAAUAUUCAAAAAGAUUUUAAAUCUUACCGACAAGAGAGAAAGAAGAAAGCAAUAGCAAAAAUUAAAUUGGAAACUCGCAAAGAAGUUGUGGCAUCAGCUAAAGAAAAAUUAAGAGAAAUAAUGAAAAGACAUAAAAAUGUCGCAGUAGAACUUUCAGAGAAUAAUAUACAAGAUGAUGAGAAAGAAAGUAAAGAAGUAGACGGGAGAGGUGAUAUUCCGGAUAUAGAAAUAGUUCCCGAUGUGGAGACUGCAAUUAUUGAAGAAAAGAUUUUAUCUGAGCCAGAGCAAGUGACUGAAUCAGAACAAGUGAAUGAUUUAGAUCCUAUCGAAAGUUUAGUUAAAGCAACAGAUACUAACCAUACUAAUGAAAACGUAGAUGCUAUAGUCGAAGAGGUUAUUAACAGACUUAUUGAAAGAAAAGUUUACGACGAUAAGACGAAACCGGAAGAUAUAAAAUUAGAAGAUAGACAAAUGAUCCAAAAGAUUGUUGAAGAAGUUCUUGCGGAAAAGAUUAAUUAUAAAUCAAGUUCAGAAAAAUAAUAAUUAAUGUUUAUA